ACUUCCGUUCUACAUUUUGUAAACAGAAGAAUCAGGACACAAAAACAAGUUGGUUGAUCAGUUUAAAUUUGUGCCACCAGCUAUGUAUUUGUUUCUUUAUUAUUCACACUAACAAUGCGGAAGGUGUAGCCGGUCAAGACUGUGAUUCUUUUUUUCCUCCUCGGAAAGAAAGACGACAAAGCUAGCUAGCAGGAGGAGCGUCCUUCUUCAUGCUGCUUCCACUUCAAUGGGGAACUGUCUGUUUUCACAAGGAGCAGAUGAUUUGUCGCUGCUGAACGAGUCUGAGGGGGGCAGCCUGCCCGGAGAACCGCCGCCGCCCUACCAGGCGCGCCCUCAGACUGUGCCGGUGUACCAUCCCACCCCUGGAGAGAGCCGUCUGGCCAGUCAGCUGACCGAGGAGGAGCAGGUCCGCAUCGCACAGCGUAUCGGCCUCAUCCAUCACCUGCCCAGAGGCAUCUUUGACCCGGGCUCUGACCCUUCAGACCGCAAAGUGAAAGAGUGUGUGAUCUGCAUGAUGGAUUUUGAGUACGGAGACCCCAUUCGGUUCUUGCCCUGCCUUCACAUCUACCACAUUGACUGCAUCGAUGCCUGGCUCAUGCGCUCCUUCACCUGCCCCUCCUGCAUGGAGCCCGUGGACGCGGCGCUGCUCGCCACGUACGAAGCCAACUGAGGCGGGUGUGGUGCUCCUGCCUCCAAGUAAUUGCACCUUUUCUUAGUCCAGACUGUCCUAGCUGCUCCAGGUUAUGUGGUGUGAGGCACAUGUUCGAGGAAGCAUAGAGAAACUGUACAUUACAGUCGUUUCUUGGAUCUGAUUGGUCGGGGGACGCUUUGGACAAUGUGCCAAAUGAAGCAAAGUAGCAGCAGAAUAUUUCCCUAAAUUUCACAUUUAUAAAGCUGACACUCGCGCUGUUAGUGCUUCUUUACUUGUAGUUAAGAAGUCACCAAUGUAACUGAAGUCUUUUUCAUGUCAUGUGCAAUGUCAUAGAUACAGCAGGAUAGGGAUGUCUAUAAAGUACAGCCCAGGGGGCAUUUUUUGCCCACAGCUUUUUUUUUUUUAUUGGCUCUCGGCAUAUUAAAGAGUUAUAUUAUUA